AUGUUCAAUAAUUGUACUGUCUAUCCUGUUAUGAAUGGCGUAAAGAGUAGAAAUGGAAGUCAAAUUUAUCUUUAAAUUCUACCAAGUUUCAUCUCUUAAUAUACAUUAAAAAUGAGCAGCAAGUCGCCAGACUUCGACAUAAAAACUAUUGUUGACAUUCACGACACAAAAGGAGUCAAAAAGGUCAACGUAGACAUAAACAAUGUGUAUUGGUCAAAUAGACAAAGAAAAAUAUGGGUUAUCUCACUUUUUCUUGGAUCGGUAAUGACCUAUCUUACUAGAGUUUCAGGUCCUGUUACUGUGGUCGCAAUGGGUCAGGAUCUAGGAUGGGAUAAGACAGUAGCAGGAUCAGUUCUUUCGAUAUUUUUCUGGGGAUACUCCUUCACGCAAGUCUUAGGUGGUUGGCUCAGUGAUACAUACAGUGCACAAAGUGUUCUAGUAUAUUCAUCAUUUGCCUGGGUAUUUUUAACUUUUAUAACUCCUGUUAUUGUAAAAACAGAGUAUGCUAUCUUUAUGUCACCUACAUCUGCAUUGCUUCUUCUGCGUUUUCUUUUUGGUAUGUUACAAGGUGUAUAUUUUCCAGCAUGUUACAGUUUGUUAGGAAAGAGAAUUGCACCAAAAGAAAAAUCAUUAUGUACAAGUAUUGUGGCAUCAGGCAUUUCAGUUGGAUCUGUGUUCUCUGGUAUAUUCGGGUCCAUUUUAAUGGCAUUUUACAAUUGGCAUAUGGUUUAUUAUGUGUUUGGUGGAGUCAGUUUUUUAUGGUUAUUAUUGCUGAAAUAUUAUGCUUUAAAUAAUGAUGUUAGAGAGGCAAAGGAUGUUUCUUUUGUGAAUCGCAAAGAAGAUAGGUCUGUUCCUUGGAAAAUGAUCUUCUCAAAACCUGCCAUUUGGGCAAUUAUUGUUGCAGCAUUUUGUCUUGGUACUUGUUUUGAUAUGCUUUUUGCUUGGAUGCCUACAUAUUUCCAUGAUAAUUAUCCAGAUAGCGAGGGUGUCAUAUUUAAUGUUGUUCCAUGGAUAGGACAUCCACUGAUUGCUAUAAUAUCUGGACAAUGUGCUGACCACAUGAUUAAAUCAGGAUACACAAACACUUUUGUUCGAAAAUUGUUUCAGUCCUUUGCUCUAUUGGGCCCUGCCAUAGCUCUGUUACUUAUGAAUUAUGUAAAGAGUUUUUGGAACGCAAUAUUCUUAAUGACUGUAGCUGUUUCAUUUUCUGCUUUUAACGCAAGUGGGGCAAAUGUUAAUGUUCAAGAGGUUGCACCAACUUAUGUUGGUUUUGUUUACGGUGUUAUGAACACAAUGGGAUCAAUUCCUGGCUUUAUUGGCGUAUACAUUACUGGUUAUAUACUCGAAACGACGGGAGAUUGGGCACUUGUAUUUCAAGUAACAGCAUUGAUAUCUGUUAUUGGAUGGGUGAUAUACUUUAUAUUUGGAUCGUCAAAACGGCAAAUAUAAGAAAUCCACAUAGAUGCUAAUAAAAAUGAUGUCCUGUUUGAAUGAUUUAAAUAUUUUUUUGACUCCACGUACCACAUAUGGCUCACGUGGUGUAACUCAACGUACCACAUAUGGCUCACGUGGUGUAACUCAACGUACCACAUAUGGCUCACGUGGUGUAACUCAACGUACCAUAUGGCUCACGUAUGACUCACGUACCACAUAUGGCUCACGUGGUGUAACUCAACGUACCACAUAUGGCUCACGUGGUAUGACUCCACGUACCACAUAUGGCUCACGUGGUGUAACUCAACGUACCACAUAUGGCUCACGUGGU